AUGCUCGCCGCCAGUCUCCUCGUAGCUCCGCCGAUUUUCCUCCACGCCGGAAAAUGCACGGCCGUUAGGUCAAACGGAAAGCACAAUUUCAGAGUUUCUGCGGCUGAAUUUCCCGCAUUUCUUCCCAAGGAGGUGGAGAGUGUUAAGGAUCCAUUCGCCAGAACGCUCGCCUCAAGAAUCGAGAGGUUGCCUGUCCAUCUAAAUUUGUCCAAGACUUGCCUGAUGAGUAGCUGCGUGAAGCCGAAAACGCAGCUCGAUGCAAGCCCGCUAGUUCUUCUUCACGGUUUUGAUAGCUCGUGUUUAGAAUGGAGAUGUACACUUCCUUUGCUUGAAGAACAUGGGCUAGAAACCUGGGCUAUUGAUGUGCUUGGCUGGGGCUUCUCUGAUUUGGAGAAGCUUCUUCCAUGCAGUGUUGUUUCAAAGCGUGAUCAUCUUUAUCAGUUUUGGAGUUCAUAUAUCAAACGCCCAAUGGUAUUAGUCGGACCUAGUCUUGGGGCAGCCAUUGCCAUUGACUUUGCAGUCACCUAUCCAGAAGCUGUUGAUAAGUUGAUUUUGAUAGAUGCAAGUGUCUAUGCCGAUGGUACCGGGGAGCUUGCUAAGUUACCUAAAUUGCUUGCAUAUGCUGGGGUGUAUCUCUUAAGGAGCUUACCUUUGCGUAUCUAUGCAACAUCACUGGCGUUCAACGGUUUAUUGCCUUGGGAAACCUGCUUGGAUUGGACAAAUAUCGGCCGCCUUCAUUGUUCAUUGCCUUGGUGGGCAGAUGCUACUGUUGAUUUUAUGAUGAGUGGAGGCUAUAGUGUUAGUGCUCAAAUCAAGCAGGUAAAACAGAAAACACUUAUCAUAUGGGGAGAAAACGAUCAAAUUAUUGAUUAUAAGCUUGCAGUCAGACUACAUAGUGAAUUACCGAAUGCAAUUUUGCGGCAAAUACAAGAUUGCGGCCACAUUCCUCAUGUAGAGAAGCCCGAAGCUGUUUCCAAGCUGAUAGCGGAAUUCGUUAAAGCUGAGGAUAAGGUUAUUGCACUGAGAAAAUUGCAAAUGCUAAAUUUUUCGAGCGACUAA